AAGCGCUACCCCGAACCCUGGCGCCAACCCCCGUCCAGAGUUGUUUCGUCAUCCCCUCCUGAGAGCCAUGGAUGGGCCAGACCCAUGGCUUGGACGUGCCCUUGGGUCUUCAUGCUCGAUUUAAGCAAUGGGUUCCCUCCAGGAACCCUCUCAAGAAGUCUUGUUUCCCCUUCAUAUCUCUAUUUCGCCCGUGUUCGUGUGUUCGUGUUGUAUCCGCUCAUUUGGUUUCUUUCGCUUCAUCCUUCUAAGACGUCUUCACUUCUCACGAGCAGGCACUCGCCAAAGGCAUCCAGAGCAUUCAAGCAACAGGCAUUUCAAUAGUUGGAUUCUCUACAGCAUUUCCCGGUCAACACUCCUACCCCGAUAACCGAUAACCGUUCGACAAGAUGAAGGUUACCGCCGCUCUAUCGCUGUGCAUGGCACCUCUAGCGUUGGCAAAGUCCGUCAACAAUGCCUAUCCUCAAAAACGGGAUCAGAGCUCUCCUCGGGAGCUUUCGACCAAGGAGUCGCGGGCUCUCCCGAUUGUCGGUGCGAACUCGGUGAUUGGCAACCCCAGCGACAUCUUCAACGCUGGCUUCAGAGGAUUUGGUCUCCAGCAAAACGCCGUCUCCGAGGUUAUCAUUGUCUGGUUUAACCCUGGCGGUGGUUCCGCAACGACCAUCGUCAACACGGUGACCGAAACCGUCGUUGCUGGCGGUGCUGCCAACACUGGCCUUGUAACCCCACCAGGCAAUAACAACGGCAACAACAACGGCAACGGAGCCUCCCUUACCGUCCCCUCUGGCGCGACCGGCACUGUUGGAGGCACUGGAGCCACCCACACUGUCACCGUUGGCGGCCCGGCAGCUGGUCUCAAUUUCUCGCCCUCUCAGAUCUCGGCCAACAUUGGAGAUAUGGUCAUCUUCACCUUCCUGAGCGCCAACCACACCGCCACUCAAUCCGCCUUCGACACUCCUUGCCAGCCCUUGGCGGGAGGUAUGGACUCUAGCUUCCAGCCCAACCCCAACAACAGCGUCAACCCGCCUCCGCAGGUUGCCAUGCAGGUUAUGGUUUCCACACCCCUCUGGUUCUUCUGCAAGCAGGGCGGUCACUGUGGCAAGGGCAUGACCUUCUCCAUCAACCCCACCGCUGAGAAGACGCAAGCACUGUUCCAGUCCAUGGCCAUUGCCCAGAACGGCCAGGGCAGCGGAGGCGCCAUCACCGGCAACGGAGGCGGUGCCGCCGCUCCUCCUCCUCCUCCUCCUCCUCCUCCGGCUGGUGGCAACGGUGCCGUUGCCGGCGAGGGUGCUGCUGUCACGGGCACCGUCGGCAAUGGUGCUGCCCCCGCAGUCGGAACCGGUGGCGCUACCAAUGGCAACGGCUUCGCUACUGGAACGGGCACCGUCAACCCAGACGGCUCUUGCUCGUGCGCCGUCGUCUGCAAUGUCGGUUCCUUCCCCGCUGUCGCACAAGGGAACGGUGCCUUCGGUGGUUUCGCAGGCGCGAUACCCGCCACCAUGAUCGGCGCCGCAUAAGUGAUUCCGUCUUUUGUUGCUGGGGGCGAGAGGGUUGUGUUUCUUGGCAGGCGGGUACUUUUCGGGGAAAGAAUACCAUUUUUUGUAGAUUUACCACUUUGUUGCCAUAUGCUUGGAUGAUUUGCUUGGGAGGGCUAGGCUCUGCCCAUCUCCGGCUUCAAGGCACAUAUAUGACUGGUUCGUAUUCUGGAUGCAAUCU